GACUUCCGGUGUUCGUCCGAAAGCAAGUCGUACAUGUUGCUGUCUUCUGUCAUCAGCUCUGUUGCUAUCCUACACAAAGCAGCGUAGAAGCAAUGCCAUCCUUCCUGAAACACGAGGCAUUGAAGACCAGAGGAAAGAUCAUCUCCUAACUGGAGAAUGAGCUGCCAAUCAAACAGGCCAGGAGGCGUCAUUACUGCCAGUCUACAGAUAAAGAUGUUGACCUUGUUUUUGAGGAUACACCGCUGGCACAGGUCCAGGAGUGAGAGCGGCAACCACCACCAGGAGAUGAAGCCGGCUGAUGGAGUGGGUGUGGGGGGGGAAGCAGCAGGAAGCCCCUCUACACCAAUAAUUCAAGUUUAAUCUGAGCUCCGCAGGUGUGCACCGAACAAGUGAGCAGAUUUACUCGCCCCAAGUCUAAUGUUAUCACACACGCACACACACACACCGAUCUCUGGGAGUGAAGUCUGGUUACAACCGGAAUUACACUGAUUGCCCAAAGAGGUCACCCUUGAUAAGAAGGGAAUUGCUACAAAAUUGUGUUUACGUGCCGCGGGUUGAUGCGGGGAUAGGAAUCGUGCCGAGGCAGCCGCAGGCCUAAAGCCUCUAGACACGCCCCAGAAAAGUGUUGAAUGGCGGCUUUCACGCUCAAUGUGGAAACACAUUAGACUGACAUCUUGUGCCUGAGAUUGACUUUACAAGAUGAUUAUAACUUAGUGAUAAAAUGUAUUCCAAUAUGAAGGAUGUUUAUGUGUGUAUGUGAAGGGACUGACAGAUGUUUAGACAACACUAAACAGCGCAGGAAAUUGUGUGUACAAUUAGUGGGCUUGUUGCGGGUGAUCCACUAACACUGCGUAUAUAAUUGAUAACUGGUCCAGACCGCCCUGUUUAUAUGAGGAUUAUGCGUGUACUACGCGGCUUUCACCAUGGAGACACUCAUUUACUGGAUUCAGGAUUCAGGAUGCUUUAUUAUUGUCCAUUCUUUAACAUGUACAAGACAUAUAAGAACUGAAAUUACAUUUUCGGCGCAGUCCCACUAGGACAGGGGUCGGCAACCCAAAAUGUUGAAAGAGCCAUAUUGGACCAAAAAUACAAAAACAAAUCUGUCUGGAGCUGCAAAAAAUUAAAAGCCAUAUUACAUACAGAUAGUGUGUCAUGAGAUAUACAUUUAAUUAAGAGGACUUAAAGGAAACUAAAUGACCUCAAAUAUACCUACAAAUGAGGCAUAAUGAUGCAAUAUGUACAUACAGCUAGCCUAAAUAGCAUGUUAGCAUCGAUUAGCUUGCAGUCAUGCAGUGACCAAAUAUGCCUGAUUAGCACUCCACGCAAGUCAAUAACAUCAACAAAACUCACCUUUGUGCAUUCAUGCACAACGUUAAAAGUUUGGUGAACAAAAUGAGACAGAAAAAGAAGUGGCAUAAAACACGUCCUAGAAAGUCGGAGAAAGUUAUACCUGUAUAUAUGUAAACAAACUACGGUGAGUUCAAGGACUGCCAAAAUUAGUAGGACAAAACUGCGCUCGCCAAAUACUCGAAUCAGUGAAGCAUGUUUAAUAUAAACAGUGUGCUUUAUAACAAUUAGGGAGGUUUGUGUCAUGUUUGUCCUCCUACAGAAACCAUGUUAACACACAAAAAAAAAAAUUCCCUCAUCUUUUUCCAUUUUUCAUAAAUUUUUGAAAAAUCUCCAGAGAACCACUAGGGCGGCGCUAAAGAGGCUCUAGAGCCGCGGGUUGCCGACCCCCGCACUAGGAGCAGACAUACGUUACAGGGAGACAAGAACAGGACCCUCAACGGAUCAGCCACUUACGGCGCUCCUUAAAAAAGGUGGGGAAAAGGUGAUAUUGGGAAAGGGGGGAAGAGUAAAAAAUAUCAGUCAAAGGCUGGACCCUGGGAGGGGGUCCAGACUGAGUCCAAGGGAAAAAAUCUAAUUUGCCAUAGCACACAUAAACAAGUUGAAGUGAAGUGAAGUGAAUUAUAUUUAUAUAGCGCUUUUUCUCUAGUGACUCAAAGCGCUUUACAUAGUGAAAACCCAAUAUCUAAGUUACAUUUAAACCAGUGUGGGUGGCACUGGGAGCAGGUGGGUAAAGUGUCUUGCCCAAGGACACAACGGCAGUGACUAGGAUGGCGGAAGCGGGGAUCGAACCUGCAACCCUCAGGUUGAUGGCACGGCCACUCUACCAACCGAGCUAUACCGCCCAGUUACAUAUAAUCACAACAACUCGCAACUGCGAGGGGAGUUGGGGCCUUGGAGGCCGGCCUGCUGCUAUAAAGCGCUACUCAGCCGUCCAUCACCCCGAAGGGGAAUCAAGCGGUGGUGAAGGCGUUGGGUGGGGGUGCGGUGUGCGUUUGUGUAUAUGCCCAUUUUCUUUGGGUGUAGUGGUGUUGUGUCCAUAGGCCCGGGGCCGUUCUGCAUGCAAUGCAAGCAAAGUUCGACUUCCACACUCAUGUUAUUAUGCUCCUCCUAUCAAUCAAUCAAUCAAUGAAAGUGUAUUUAUAUAGCCCUUAAUCACGAGUGUCUCAAAGGGCUGCACAAGCCACAACGAGAUCCUCGGCUCAGAUCCCACAUCAGGGCAAGGAAAAAACUCAACCCAAUGGGAUAACAAUGAGAAACUUUUGAGGGGACCGCAGAUGUGGGGGACCCCCCCCCGACCCCCCACCUGGGCGACCAAUGCAAUGGACGUCGAGUGGAUCUAGUUUAUAGUGUGAGAGUCCAGUCCAUAGUGGGGCCAGCAGGGGAUCUUCUUGAGUGGAGACAAGUCAGCAGCGCAGAGACGUCCCCAACUGAUGCACAGAGGAGUGGUCCACCCCGGGUCCCGACUUUGAACAGCUAGCGCGUCAUCUGUGGUCACCUAAUAACCUCUCCACGCAGGAGAGGGGGGUAGAUCAGAAAAGAGACGGCAGAUCAACUGGUCUAAAAGGGGGUCUAUUUAAAGGCUAGCAUAUACAAAUGAGCAGGAAUUAUGUGUGUAUAUAAAUGGACAAACAGAAGUGUGCAUUAUGUAAAUGGUCAUACAUACAUACAUGAUGUGUGAAUGGAAAAAAUAGUGUGUACUGUAUUAGAAAUGAAAAACAAGUGUGUGUUAUGUAAAUAGACAGACACAUUUUUAUUUACGUGGGGGAUGUGAAUGAACAAACAGAUGUGUGCAUCGUGUCUAUAUGAACAGACUUGUGGAUUAUGUGAAUGAUGUGUGUAUGUAAAUGGAAAAAAUGGUGAAUUGUGUGUGUAUACGAACUGACAAAUAGAAGUGUGCAUUAUUUAAAUGGACAAACAUAUUUACAUGAUACGUGAAUGGACAAACAGAUGUGUGCAUCACGUGUAUAUAUUUACGUGCGUGUAUGUGAAUGAACAAACAGAUGUGUGCAUCGUGUCUAUAUGAACAGACUUGUGGAUUGUGUGAAUGGACAGACACACAUUUAAAUGAUGUGUGAAUGUACACAAGUAAAUGCAAAAACAGAUGCAAUGUGUGUGUAUGUGUACAGUCUAAGGCUGCAGCUAACGAUUAUUUUUCUAUCGAUUAAUCUAUAGAUUUAUUUAUUUUUUCGAUUAUUCGGUUAAUCUAUAGAUUUUUUUCGAUUAAUCUAUAGAUUAUUUUUCCUUUUACCGAUUAUUUUUUUAUUCAAAAUGAAGAUGAAAAAAUAAAUGUAGGCCCGUUUUUUCAAAAGGCACGGCUUUUAUUUACAAAAAAAAAGAAGUAUGGCCACUCAGUCAACAUUGACAACAACAUGACUAAAUAUUCUGUAACAAUGUAAACAUUUAAAACUUUUAACAUUUAACAAAAUUAAAAGUAGUUUAUUUGCUUUUUAAUGUGCAAAUAUAAAAGUCAACAUCCAGUGCAAAUCUUAAAGGCCUACUGAAAUGAAAUUUUUUUAUUUAAACGGGGAUAGCAGAUCUAUUCUAUGUGUCAUACUUGAUCAUUUCGCGAUAUUGCCAUAUUUUUGCUGAAAGGAUUUAGAAUAGAAAAACGACGAUAAAGAUAGCAACUUUUGGUAUCUGACAAAAAAAAGCCUUGCCCCUACCGGAAGUAGCGUGACGUGGACAAUUGAACAUAUCCGCAAAGCUCCCUAUUGUUUGCAAUGAUGGCCGCCAGAUCUGAGAGCGAUUCUGACCGAGAUAGCGACGAUUUCUCCAUUAAUUUGAGCGAGGAUGAAAGAUUUGUGGAUGAGGAAAGUGCAAGUGAAGGACUAGUGGGGAGUGGAAGCGAUUCAGAUAGGGAAGAAGCUGUGAGAGGGAUAGAGCCAUAUCGCUUUGAACCCGACGCUGAUGAAGACGGUCAGGAGGACGCUGCUGCUAUUGAUGCUGGAGGAGCACACGACAUAGAUCGCCUUGAGAAUACAGAAUGGUGUACAUGUCAAAACUGUGUGAACAUGGAGACAGUGGCUGAGUGUGUCUGCUGUAGUGAAAUAGAGGCAGUGACCAGAACGAUGGAGGAGGAGGGGGUGAAGACGUGCAUCAUAGACCACCAUGGCUUUCCAUCUGUGUGUCUGGAUGAAUGGGUGCUGCAGACAGCGUAUAACGCCUACAAACAGCAAUAUGGCAUGCUGCAGCAACAGCAAAAUGAGCGGAGACGACACACAGCCUAUCGACAGUUUGUCCGCUUCUGCUGGGGAUAUCUGGGAAAGGACAUAAGGGUGGUACUACCAGCUUGUGUAGUACAUAAGAUUAGGACAACAUUCCCAUCGAUGGACUACACGGGGUUCCAAGACGUGCAGUGACUGCAACAGAAUCUACAUGGCCACUGUACUUAAUCAAUAAAAUCAAUCAAUCAAUCAAUCAGUCAAUCAAUCAAUGUUUAUUUAUAUAGCACUAAAUCACAAAUGUCUCAAAGGGCUGUACAAGCCACAACGACAUCCUCGGUACAGAGCCCACACACGGGCAAGGAAAACUCACCCCAGUAGGACGUCGAUGUGAAUGACUAUGAGAAACCUUGGAGAGGACCGCAUAUGUGGGUAACCCCCCCCCUCUAGGGGAGACCGAAAGCAAUGGAUGUCGAGUGGGUCUAACAUAUUAGUGAGGGUCCAGUGGAGCCAGCAGGAGGCCACCCCGAGCGGAGACGGGUCAGCAGCGCAGAUGUCCCCAACCGAUGCACAGGCGAGCGGUAUACCCCGGGUCCCAACUCUGGACAGCCAGCACUUUAUCCAUGGUCACCGGAAUAACCCCUCCACGUGGGGGGGGGGGGGCAGAGGAGAAAAGAAAAGAAACGGCAGAUCAACUGGUCUAAAAAGGGGGUCUAUUUAAAGGCUAGAGUAUACAAAUGAGUUUUAAGAUGGGACUUAAAUGCUUCUACUGAGGUAGCAUCUCUAACUGUUACCGGGAGGGCAUUUCACACUUACCGAAGCGACUCCUGUGCUUGGCGAUGGCUUCCUCCUUGUCUGGCUUCUCCAGUUCAUCGCAGAGGAAGGGAGGCACAUCCACAGUGACGCUGAGUGGUGUUCUCUCGUCAGGGGUCUGUCUGCAGCCAGCAACAACCUCCCUGAUCAAGUCAUCUACGUAGCCUGCAAAAUACAAUUGUACAUGUUCCUGCUCACAACAUAAUAUACUCAUGGAGAGUGAAACUUGACAGUAUUAUUAUCAUGAUACAAAGUGUCAAGUGUUUACAUGUUUUGUGUCCUCUACACUUACGGU